CGGACGAAACGUAAUAAUAGGUUUCUUUACACAAAUUCAUUAAUAUUAGCCCUUAGGACGCCCUAAAUAUGGAUUUACCAGAUAAAAAUGAAACCUACAAACUUAAAGAAUAUUGGGAUGAGCGUUACUCCAAAGAAGACAGCUUUGAAUGGUGCAAAAGCUACGGUGAUUUCAAACAAUUGUUGUCUGAAAAUAUCAACAAAGGCGACAGAAUUUUGAUGUUAGGAUGUGGAAAUAGCUCAUUGAGCGAAGACAUGUACCGUGAUGGAUAUAUAAACAUUGUAAAUAUAGACUUUUCGCCAGUAGUGAUUGAAAAUAUGAGRAAAAAAUGUCAAGACAUGAUUGACAUGGAAUGGCGAAUCAUGGACAUCACCAAGAUGUCCUUCACUUCGAGUUCUUUUGAUGUUGUUAUUGAGAAAGCCACGCUAGAUGCACUUUUAGUUGAAGAAAAAGAUAGUUGGAAUCCAUCUAAAGAAGCUCGGGAUUGCAUGAAUUGUGUUCUCUCUCAGGUUUCCCACAUCCUAAAAGAUGGUGGUCGAUUUAUUUCUGUGACAUUCUCCCAGCCACAUUUCAGAAAGCCUUUCCUUGCCAAGUCAGAGUAUAAUUGGUCCAUAAGAAUGCAUACAUUUGGUGACUCCUUUCAUUUUUUCUUCUAUGUAAUGGAAAAGGGUAAAGAACUUAGCAAAGAAGAUAAAGCUUUAGAAAGUACUACUAAGAAUAAAGACAAUUGUAUCAAUAAAAUUCAUGACUUGAAUGGUGAAAUUUCAGAGGAUGAAGAAGAUUUUUUAUUGAACAUGACAUUAUGACAUGCACUGGAGAUUAUUUUGAUAAAUAGAUUAUUGUGAUCAUCUCCUGAACAUGUUUGUGUCCAAUAAAAG